UAAUGAAGUUUGGUGUUUUGUUCUUUUUACUUGAAUGGAAGGAGAUUUCCUCUUUGAUUUUGAUACUAGAUUCUAACCUACAUUUUUAAAACGCAACUUUAGAUAAACUUUAUUUUUUAAAAACAUGAUAUGUUAAUAAUAUCACUUUUAUAAAUACAUUAUAUAGGUUGCUAAAAUAUAUAUUACAAAAUUUUGUAAAGUAUUUAUUUAUAAUAAUUCUGAUGAAAAUAUUUAAUUGAUAAGAAAAUUAUAACAUGUUCUUAGUAAAAAUUAAAUAGACAUUUAGGUCUAAAAUAAAGGACAUUUAAAGAUUUUAUAGAAACAGAAUAUUUUUGAAAAAAAAAUAGUUAUUUUAAUUUUGAAAUAAUUAAAUAUAUUAAAUAUUCUGUGACUAAAUUUAGUAUGAUGAAUUUCCAUUAAUGAAUAUCUAAACAUUCAAAUAGUAUUUUUCUGUUGAAACUACUCUUGUUUUGUGUGUGUUUAAGUCUUUGCUCGUCCUAAUGCAUAUCUCAAUUUCUCUAUCCAUGCUUAAUUUUUAGUCACCAAUCAAUCAAUUAAUGUAUCAUGUUAUGGGUGUUAUUGCAACCUGGAACAUAUAAGUUCUUCUAUUUAAACUCAAGAGUAAGGACAAUUCUCUGCUUUAAAACUAUAUAUUCUUUAUAUUGAACGUAGUGAACGCUAAUGGUACAUCUCCUUAACUGAUGUUAUUGGGGAACACAAGAUAUAAACUUGUAAAGAAAGCAAACAUAUUAUGCUUUCUUUGUUAGAGAACAAAUGAUGAUGAUCUGAGACGAAAGAAGAGAUUUUGGAUGAAGACAUGGCCUCAAAACUAGGUAAUAUCAAUUGCAUAAUGCAUGAGAAAAUGGCCAAGUAUUGUAGAGAUUGAGGUCUUAUUUAAAUGCAGAGGAAUAAACCCUAAUGGAUAUGCUCAAAGCUCUCAGACAAAACAACCAAUUCAGAAAGUUAAUUAAUGGCAGCAAGACAGCAACCGAGAGGAACAGGCUUAGAGGUUCAGUAUAAAGAUUUUGUCCCUAAAUCUGAUUGGAAAGACCAACCUGAAGCCAUUCUAUUCACCAUUGAUCUUCCAGGUUUUACAAAGGAGCAAAUAAAGGUAAUGUAUGUGCACGCCUCGACGAUGAUAAGAGUCACCGGAGAACGUCCCCUGGCUGGUCGGAAAUGGAGCCGUUUCAACAAAGUAUUCAAUGUUCCUCAGAAUUGUCUAGCAAAUAAGAUCCAUGGGAGCUUCAAUAACAACACGUUAACAAUCACCAUGCCUAAGGAGACGAUUACAAAGAUGCCUAAUCUUCCAGAAACUUCUAAAACUAUGGCUGAUAAGGUGGAGAAGCUAGAGGAGAAGAGGUUGUUGGAGGAAUCUACUAGGAAAGCGAAGGAAGCAGAGGCUGAGAAGAAGAAGAAGCUUUUGGAAGAGAAAGAGGGAAUACUUAGGAAGCUUCAAGAAGAAGCUAAAGCAAAAGAGAUGGCUGAGGCAAAGAAGCUGCAAGAAGAAGCUAUAGCAAAAGAGAAGGCUGAGGCAAGGAGGGUGCAAGAAGCAGCUAUAGCAAAAGAGAAGGCUGAGGCAAGGAGGUUGCAAGAAGAAGCAAAAGCAAAAGAGAUGGCUGAGGCAAGGAGGCUUCAAGAAGAAGUUGUAGCAAAAGAGAAGGCCGAGGCAAGGAGGUUGCAAGAAGAAGCAAAAGCAAAAGAGAUGGAUGAAGCAAGGAGGCUUCAAGCAGAAGCUAUAGCAAAAGAGAAGGCCGAGGCAAGGAGGUUGCAAGAAGAAGCAAAAGCAAAAGAGAUGGCUGAAGCAAGGAGGCUUCAAGAAGCAGCUAUGUCAAAUGAGAAGCUGUUGGAAGAAGCUGCACUAGAGAAGAAGAUCCAGGAUAAGAAAUCUAUGGAUGAAUUUGUAAGAAAAGAGAAGAUGAAAGAAAAACUAAGUGACUCGGUUCUGGAAGAAAAUAAAACAGGAAAAGGAAUAAUGGAGAAAAUAAGGGGAAGAGAAAUAACAAGUGAAGAGAAGAAGUUGAUGAUGAAUGUAGGAGUGUCUGCCUUUGUUAUCUUUGCCCUAGGAGCUUACGUUUCUUACAGACCAGAAUGAGAAUGAUAUGGUCUUAAACGAAGUUGUGUAUAAAGCUCUUAUACUUUGUAAAAUGUGAUAUUCCAAAAAUCUAAUAAAGUUUGAUGAUGCCAUAUUUAUAACA